AUCUCUUGCGCCACGUACCAACACUCCAGCCGCCUUGCCUUUGCCUUUGCCUUAUAACGGUGAGAGGGGUAGAAAAGAUGGAGAACAGAGAGACGUUGCCGUCACCGGAGAAGGAGAAACUGACUACGUUGAUGAGUUUGGAUGGCCAUAUUUUCCCGGUGGAGGAAGCGGUAAUUGUGGAGCUCCGAGCAAUUCGCCGCCUUCUGCCGGCCGCCGGUGACGCCACCAUUCCUAUUUCUCAGGUUACCGGCCAAAUUCUGGCCAAAAUCAUCGAUUACUGCAGAAAACACAACGAUCACAAGCUCAAUCGUUUGCGUGAUGAGGAAAUCAGUGCCUGGGACAGACACUUCGUCGAUGUUGACGAGGAACUCCUCUUCGAUCUCCUCGUGGCUUCACACUUUCUGGAAGUGAAGGAUCUCUUCUACCUAACAGUGACGACUGUAACAGACACGAUGAAGACGAAGAGUCCUGCUCAAGUUGGCAACAUGGAUCAGCUUCGCAAUCUCUUCAUCUCCAACUUUAGGCUUGACUAGUAUGUUCAUCUCCUCGAGCUCGACUACUGGUUUGUGUGUUCAUAUUUUUGGCGGCAGUGUUUGGUGAUAUUAUGGUAUCUGGUUAAUAUAGGAUGAUACUUUUUCAACAAUGUAUAUGGCAAAUUUUUAUUUCAAAUCUUUGAAGAUAUGAUGGUAUUUGAAA